GUUUGUUUAAUUAAAUUAACAAUUAUAUAGUUUUAGUUCUACAUAUUCGCAGCACUCCGACUGAUACAAUAUGUUGAAAAUUAUAAUUUUCUUAUCCAGUGUUGUAGCACUUGGUACUGGUCUACACUGCUUUGUAAGUCUGUGUGAAGGUGAUCAUUGCAAUAAACCCCAACUGCCCUAUGGGAAUGUUACUGAAUGUAGAGACAAUGGACACGCUUCUGAUGUAGCGUGCACAACAAUGGUAAUGAAAGAUUAUGGACAGAUCAGAGUUGUAAGAGGGUGUGGACUUGAUCCCAAAAAGAAAUUUAAUGGUGUGAUCUGCCCCUAUGAUGCAAGCUGUGACUACUGCUAUACGGAUUUAUGUAACUCGGCACCACCCACAAAUAUGAACGUUGUUACCAUUAUCUCCACAAUUUUUUUAGUUGCGUUACCAUUGUGUAAAUUUUAAACAAAGUUUAUUAUUAUUAAAAUUAUUAUGAAAAUAUUCA